AUGCCCGCAUCAACGGUUGAAACUCCAGCCGUUGCGCUGUCUUUCGCAAACAACUUUUGGGGCAAAGAAGAUGCCGGCGUGGCGCCGCUGCUGAGUCGCAUGACUGCGGCCAAGACUACAUGCGAUGAACUACGAGCAUUCUAUGGCGCUCGAGCGUCGAUUGAGGAGGAAUACUCCCGCAAAUUAUUGAACCUGAGUCGCAAAGCCUUAGGAUCGCAGGAGUCUGGUACAUUGAAGACAUCGUUGGAUACCGUCCGAGGCGAAGUCGAACAAAUGGCCAAGCAGCACCAACUCAUUGGCGCAGAAAUGAAAUCAGAGCUUGAGGAACCACUCGCUGCCUUUGCUGGCGGAAUGAAGGAGCGACGAAAGAUUAUUCAGAAUACCGUCGAAAAGCUAUUGAAGGUCAAGAUGCAGCAGACACAGCAGGUCAACAAGACACGAGACAAGUAUGAGCAAGAGUGCUUGAAGAUCAAGGGUUAUCUUGCUCAAGGCCACAUGGUAAUGGGCCAGGAAGAACGACGCAACAAAGCCAAACUCGAAAAGACACAGAUCAGCCUGGCAACUUCCAAUACGGAGUACGAGAAUGCGGUUAAAGCACUCGAAGACACGACAACAAGAUGGAACAGAGAGUGGAAGUCAGCCGCCGAUAAAUUCCAAGAUUUGGAGGAAGAACGACUCGACUUCACCAAGAGUAGCCUGUGGACGUUUGCCAAUAUCGCCUCCACAGUUUGCGUUAGUGACGAUUCGUCGUGCGAAAAGAUCCGACUCUCAUUGGAGGUUAUGGAUGUGGAAAAGGACAUCAUCACUUUCAUUACAGAAAAGGGAACCGGCCAGGAGAUCCCAGACGCUCCCAAGUAUAUCAACUUCUGUCGCGGAGAUGUGACGGAUAACCAAUCUGAGACGUCAGAAGACGACAACUAUUCUGUCGCUCAAUUUCCUCGCAGCAUCAACCCUGCUUUCCGUUCGUCGUCCCCUCAACCUUCGACGUUCGAGUCGCAUCAUGAUCCAAAUUCUGCUCUGGCCAACGACCUGGCGCACAGAGAAGUUGCUUCAAGCAAACGCGACCUUCCAAGCCAGAAGCCAGCAACGCUGCCCCCUGACGAGAUACUCCAAAUUGGCACUCAGAAGCCUCAACCUCAGCAAAUCCAGGCACCUCCUCAACCGCGUCAACAGCAGAUACCACGCCCCUCUCAGAUGCAGCACCCCGCUCAACUGCAAUAUGCUUCCCAGCAUCAACAUCCCUCCCAAUUGCAGCACCACUCUCAGCUUCAGCACCCUUCACAGCUGCAGCAUCACCCCCAGCAGCAGUACUCUCCUCAGCGUCAGCAACCGUCCCAGCAGGUUGCUCACCAUACAGGACACCACAUGCAACAGCAAAUGAGGCCUCUGGAGAUGAGACCCGCUGAUGGCAGAUCUGGAGAUAUGAGACACGCGAACAUGCGACAUUCAGAUAUGCGACACCACGAUCCAAGACCGUCUUUGGAGAUGCGUCACUCUGGUGAAGUUCGGCCUUCCAUGCAGUCUCGACCCAGUGCUGAUGCAAGACAAUCAAUGGAUGCAAGAACAUCUCUGGAAGUAAGGCGACCAAUGGAGGAUCCGUAUCGCCGCCAACAACCUGCAGGUCAUGCAUCGUAUGAUGCCAACCAGCAUGGUGCUGUUGCAGCCGUGCCACACGACCCUUACCCCCUGGACGGCAUGACGAUGCUGUGCAGGACUGGGCCCAGCCCCAUCUCGGACCAGAGUUCACAGGUAACAUCUGCUCGACCUUCGAGCAGAGACUCCCAUAGUGAUUAUUCGAACCCCAACUCGUUCUCUAGUGUGGAACCACCGAGUGGCAAAACUUCACCUGUCAAGCAGGAUCCUAUAAAGCCAAACCCAGUCCCAACUCAAGCGCCAGCACCAGUAUCGGCACCUGCGCCGGCACCAGCCCCUGCUCCGGCGACAGUCACAGCUCCUGCUCCGGCUCCGGCUCCGGCGCCCGCUGUCAGCAAUGGUCCGAGCCCAGUCAAGUUAGUUGCUAAGAAGAAGAGUGGUGGUUUCUUAAAAAAUCACAGCCCAUUCAGACGCAAGAGCAACAAGGAUCUUCAGUCAUCAAACAGGAACACAUGGCACGCACCGAGCACGCAAAACUCGGGUAGUCCCGUUCGCCGACCACUGUUGCAAACACAAGAAUCCAGCAGUGUUGUCACCAAAGAACGUACUCAGAGUCCCGAGCCCAUCGAUGCCAAUGCCAGUCUAGCUCUAGGAGUGGGACAGAAUGUCUUCCCUGUAUCUACCCCUGACACAAAGAAGAAGCCAGGAGCUGCCACCGAACAGACACCCGAGGAAACAGACCCAAUCGCUCUGGCCCUUGCGGAGCUGAAAGGUGUCACGUUAGGCAAGCAGUCAUCAAUGAGAAUGUCCGCUGAUCACUAUUCCGGGCUUGCCACUCCGGCGCCAGCAUCAGAGGCUGCUUCAAGACAAGCCUCAGCCUCUCGCACAGCUCCGACUCCUGUGAACCCGGAUGUUGCGGCGGCAAAGAGAGGAACACCGCCGCCAUCCUACCAAACCCCAGUUUCACGUCUAGGUGUCCCACCACCUGCAGUGACUUCCAGGGCAAUGAAGGAAGCGACCAAGAAGGCUACCACACAAACACGAAGCAUGUUUGAGAGUGGAGGCGGUUUGCCAGGAGGAUUCAAUAGUACUGCUUCUAGGACCAACACUCGAGCAACCGAAACAAGGCGAUCUGAGCCACCCCCAAGCCAGAGCGUUCCACCAAGUGCUUCACGACCGGCAACUCGAACCACUAACCAUGGCAGGGGCGAGUCUGGUAGUUACAGCGCGUCCCCUGUGUCACGACAGCCUACUAGAGUUACCGAUAACGGACGCGGCGAGCCUGGAAGCUAUAGCUCAGCAUCCAUGCCUCGACCAGGCACUCGGGGCACUGACAUGGGUAGAGGAGAUACUGGCGGCUAUAGUACACCACCUGUGGCACGUUCGGGAACCAAAGCAAGCGAGAUGCCCCGAUCGGACACUCGCGGAAUUCCUAUUUCGCGACCAGGCACAAGGGGAAGUGACAUGUCUCGUGGCGGAUCUGGUAUUUACGGAUCGUCGCCUGGCUCCCGACCUGGCACCAGAGGCUCUGAUAUGCCCAGAGCAACUUCGCCAGCACCAGCUCGUAGCGUGUCUCCACAGCCACCUAUGAACGACAACAUGAGCUACAGAUCGGUUUCGCCCAACCCUUACGCUGCUAGCCAACGCUCUCCGUCUGUCAUGAGCUCACCACAGAAGCAUGGCUCUGCCCAGGGGUAUUAUCCCCAGUCACCUCAGCAGGCCGCUAGCCGCGGGCCUUCUCCUUCACCUUAUGCCCAGCAGAAUCGCCCCGGAAGCAGCUAUGCAGGUAGCGACAUGGCAAUUCAGCUCGCGCCGGUUGAUGAUCCCUACGGGUCUCAGAGGAGUCGAGGCAGCCGCCCUGCUUCGAGAGCCAUGAGCUACUAUGACGAUGGUAGUACCCGUCAACGUAGUCAGAGCGUUGCUGAUCCGUCUCGGCUGUAUACGGGAGAUGGCAGAGCAAUCCUGCAUUAUGCACGCGCAUUGUAUAUGUAUCAAGCAGCCAUUCCCGAGGAGUUGAGCUUUGGCAAGGGUGACUAUCUUGCGGUCCUCCGUCAUCAAGACGACGGAUGGUGGGAGGCUGAAGUCCACGGCGGAGACGGAAGUGUCGGGCUGGUCCCAAGCAAUUACCUUGCGGCGUGCUAG